GGAACUACACAAAUAUUUAGCAAGCCAGUUAUCUCCACAACACAGAACAAUACGUUACCGGUUUUAUAGUCGAAGUUAAAAUAUGUUUUAUGUUUGAUCACUAUAUUUUUUAUAUUCUUAAGUUAUCGUAUGAAGCGGGAUGGCUAUCAAUAACCCAUCUGUGUUUCUGUUGAUGAUAAACGGACAGAUAGAGGGGGCGAAUUUUCCAGAGUAUGACGACCUGUACUGUAAAUACUGCUUCGUCUACGGACACGACUGGGCUCCCACCUCAGGCCUAGAGGAGGGUAUAUCUCAGAUUACGUCUAAAGGCAGAGACUCUCCUCAAAGAAUGAUCUGGAACUUUCCUCUGGAGAUCACGUUCAAGAGCACCAACCCCUUAGGCUGGCCUCAGAUCGUGGUGAGUGUGUAUGGUCCUGAUACGUUUGGUAACGAUGUGGUCAGAGGAUACGGAGCAACACAUAUCCCCCUUCACUCCUGGACAGUCAGUAUCUCUCCUCUCUCCAUCUCCUUCACUCCUGGACAACACACCAGAACCAUCCGUUUGUUCCUGAAUCCACCAUCAAGACUACAGAAAUUCACAAGUUGGCUGCUGGGUCGGCGUCCAAGAGUUCACUGA